CAGACAGUCGAGUGUAACAGCGAGCCUGUUUCUCGUUGUUGUAUUUUCCUCUAACUUCCAAAUAGAUACCUAAUUAUACCCCAAUUCUUCGCUAACUCGAAGUCUAUUCACGAUCUCUCGUCGCUCGAACGAUUCGCGGUCUCGUCGAUACGUUACGUUACGUUACGUCGCCGUCAGCGCGACUCAUCCGAUUAUCCUAAUAAAACGCCACAGUCAAGCUCGAUAAAAACCUCCGGGAAAUCGGGAGUAAUUUUAUUUUUUAUUACUUUGUUUUUCGUGUAUUUCACUGCCAAGUCGUUUCCGCGUGUCUGGUUUUAUACGAUCAGUUCAAUCAAAUCCAACCACAGCCAUUCCGUCAAUAAUCAAUCCACAAUUGUAUUUGGAACUGAUUUUCUUCAUUUUCCCAAUAUAGAUGAAUAAUAAGCAGAGAAUUAUGUGUACUAAUACGACUACAGUUUAUUCGCCAUCAUUGGAAGACAAAACUUUCUCUAAAUCUGUGUCGAAUUGAAGGUCGGUGAAGUGAUACUAGUGAUAAAUGACACAGGAAAUAAGAAAACGUUAUUUUUGGGAAAAUUCAGCAUUGAUCAGCUGACAAAUGGGCUUUUCUGUAAUCAAUUUAUUUCUUUUUUUACUUUCUACAACGAGCUCCCGAUCAGUGAGUGCCUACUGCAGUGCUUCGCUAUACAGGUUUACCUGUAUGUUUGUUUGUUCAAUAAUUGGUGAUCAUUUGUGCGGCUUGUGUUAUAUCCAGUUGACGUAAUCAAACAUGGCGCAUCACAUGCGACGACCGAUGAAACGGGAUCAUUACAAGCCGUUUGGCAGAAGGAAGGGCUCUGCAGACUCCAACUAUUCGCAGCCAAGCUCGGAUCUAUCGUUGGACGAAGAAAAGGAGAGCCUGCGUCGGGAGAAAGAAAGACAAGCUCUCAACCAACUCGAGAAAGCGAGGACAAAGCCGGUAGCGUUCGCCGUCAGGACGAACGUUAGCUACGACGGAUCCGUCGACGACGACUCACCGGUUCACGGAUCGGCCGUUAGUUUCGACGUCAGAGAUUUCCUCCACAUCAAGGAGAAGUACGAUAACAAUUGGUGGAUAGGGAGGCUGGUAAAAGAGGGAUGCGACGUCGGUUUUAUUCCUUCGCCGGUUAAGCUCGAGGCACUUAGACUUCAGGCAAGUGCUGCUCGCGGCACUAAGGGUCUCUAUUCAGCUAGGGGUGGCUCUUCAGGAAAUCUCGGUGAAAGUGGAAUGCCGUCACGAGGAUCGACGCCGCCAACGCCAGGUGACGAUAGUGACAGCGUGGGUAACGUUAGGCCGGGAAAAACGACCCUCACAACGCCGCCGGCGAAAGAAAAGCGAAAGAACUUCUUUAAGAAACCGUCCUACGAGACCGCCACACCAUACGACGUCGUUCCUUCAAUGAGGCCCGUAGUUCUUGUCGGACCUUCUCUAAAGGGUUACGAAGUCACCGACAUGAUGCAGAAAGCGUUGUUUGACUUUUUGAAACACCGCUUCGAGCGCAGGAUCAUUAUAACGAGAGUUAUGGCUGAUAUAUCACUGGCCAAAAGAUCUUUACUAAAUAAUCCAACGAAACGUGCGAUAAUGGAAAGAUCGACCAGCAGAAGUAGCUGUCUUGCAGAGGUGCAGGCGGAAAUAGAGAGGAUUUUCGAACUCGCAAGAACGCUCCAACUAGUGGUUCUGGACUGCGACACGAUAAACCAUCCGUCGCAGCUCGCGAAGACGAGUUUGGCACCGACGAUUGUCUACUUGAAGAUAUCGUCGCCAAAAGUGCUCCAGAGGCUGAUUAAAUCCCGGGGUAAAUCUCAGGCACGACAUCUCAACGUGCAGAUGGUAGCGGCGGAAAAACUCGCCCAGUGCCCGCCGGAAAUGUUCGACGUUAUCCUCGACGAGAAUCAGCUGGACGAGGCGUGCGAACACGUUGCCGAAUACCUCGAAGCUUACUGGAGAGCAACUCACCCUCCGGUCGCCACCCCAGUUCCUAGGGCCAUGCCGGCUCCUGACGCCCCCGUCGACACUCUCGCGCCCCGCGUCACUCCAGGAGGUCAUCAUGAGAGCUACUAUGGUCAUGAACCACGAGGGUCCUCGUCUUACGGCGGAGGUCACGGCGGGACGGGGACGCGGCGCUCGAGAUUAGAGCGACUGGACCGCGAACGAUCGGACCACGACUAUCCCGAAGAGGACAACUACGUGACAGGCAGCAUCGAUUACAACAACAGCACGUCGAGACGUCGUCAGCCGCAUCAGGACUCUCGAGCGCUAAAUGCCAUCUAGGAGCUGGUGCCCCGGGGCCCGCCUCUGCUACGCUGUACCCAUCUUCGUACCACCGCGCUUUGACUCCGCGACGAAAGAAAGAAGUAACAAGAAGCCAAAAAAGAUAAAUAGGAAGAUACGAAAGGAAGAAAAUAUGCCAAUAUUUUUAUCUACAAUACCCAUCGCGUUAAAUGGACAAAGUUACGGUACUUAGAUAUGCAAUCACCCCUAUCAAAAUUUUCACUUCAAUCAUCCGCAGUGCUGGAGUCCAGGGGGUCAAUGGGCCGCGGGAAUACCCUUCUCGAAUUUCUAGUCAAUUUAUCCAGCGUUUCUUAUGACAUU